UGUUUACAUGGGCACUGACAGCGCCGUUGCUGCUCAGAGCAGCUUGCCUAGUAACCAAGCGGAAGUUGAGGAGUCUUUCUCGCCGGUGGAAAAGUUACGCCACACUCAGGUUUCAGCUCAUGUCUUAGCACGUCUGGGAGAUAUGUCAUCUCAGACGGCCGCUCAUCAUCCCGGUCUUGAAAUUCCAGCAAGGCAGAGCUGUGUAUGUCUGAGAUGCAUCACGAUAAACAUGGAUACUUGGACCUCCACCUUUGACUGAUCAAACCUCGCGCUGGCUCGACGGCUUAACACACCGUCCCUCAAGGAGCGCUGUGGUGAGAGAAGCGAUGUACAAGGAUUACAGAUCUACAGGCAGAGCUGCAGGAGAGUUUGUGUAUCAUCGUAUUGUCAGCUUCCAGGCCUCAGAGGUCAGGUGGCAGACAGAAAGGCACAUAAUUAAAGCAUCACUUCUUGAACUUUGUGUCAGCCCUUUUCUCUCUGAAGUCAAGAGGAAGCUACAGGACACAAGGACUAAACCCGCUACCCUUUGACCCCUCAACCAACAACGAGCCUCUGCAAUUUAAUAACUCCAAUGGGCCUCUGGCGUCCGAGUGUCCUCUGGAGAGCAGUCCUGAAAACGGCAGCAAGAAACGGAAGAGACCAAAUCUUCCUCCAGAGGGACUGAGGAAUAUAGCAAUGGAUUCCAGUUCACUGGGAAUGCCCAUGUCAGACCCGAACGCCUGGGCUACUGCCAUGAACAACCUAGGGAUGGCGCCCAUGGGCAUUACCGGACAGCCUCUCAUGUCAGAUUUUGACCCCAGCCUUGGCAUGAUGACGGGUAUCGCUCCGAUGAAUCCGAUGAUGCCCGGCUUGGGCAUCGUGCCCCCUCCUAUAUCUCAAGACCUACCUAUUGUGAAGGAGAUCAUCCACUGCAAAAGCUGCACUUUGUUUCCACCCAACCCUAAUCUGCCUCCUCCAGCCACACGUGAGAGACCCCCGGGUUGUAAGACGGUGUUUGUAGGAGGGCUACCUGAAAAUGCUACAGAGCAGAUUAUAUCAGAAGUGUUUGAGCAGUGCGGCGCCAUCAGCGCCAUCCGCAAGAGCAAGAAGAACUUUUGCCACAUUCGCUUCGCUGAGGAGCACACAGUGGACAAGGCACUCUUCCUGUCUGGUUACCGGAUCCGCCUCGGCUCCAGCACGGAUAAGAAGGACACGGGCCGACUGCACGUGGACUACGCUCAGGCUAGAGACGACCUGUACGAGUGGGAGUGCCGGCAGCGCAUGUUGGCAAGAGAAGAAAGACACCGGCGUAGGAUAGAGGAAGAUCGUCUGCGCCCACCGUCACCGCCUCCCAUCGUUCACUACACAGAGCACGAAUGUAGCCAGCUGGGGGAAAAAAUCAAAGACGACUGCAAGUUUCCCGAGGCAGUGCGAGUGCUUCUGACCUGGGUGGAGCGAGGCGAAGUGAACCGCCGCAACGCCAACAACUUCUACUCCAUGAUCCAGUCGUCCAACAGCCACAUCCGCAGGCUGAUGAACGAGAAAGCGGCUCACGAAAAGGAAAUGGAGGAGGCUAAGGAGAAGUUUAAAAAUGCCCUGGCUGCCAUCCUUGUACAAUUUGAGCAGAUUGUGUCUGUAUUCCACGCUGCUUCCAAACAAAAGGCAUGGGACCAUUUCUCCAAAGCCCAACGCAAGAACCUGGACAUGUGGCGCAAGCAAGCAGAGGAAAUCAGGAACAUCCAUAACGAGGAACUGAUGGGAAUCCGGCGGGAAGAGGAGAUGGAAAUGUCUGAUGACGACAUGGAGGAUGCGCCGGAGAGCAAAGACUCGGAUGACUCAGGACCACUGGCACAGGUGGAGGCCCUGAGGGAGGAGAACGACAGUCUGCGCUGUCAGCUGGAUGCCUACAGAAAUGAGGUGGAGCUGCUGAAGCAGGAACAGAGUAAAGCUCAUCCUCAGCACAGUGAGGAAGACACGACACGCCAACAACAACUCAGUUUCCUACAACAAGCGCUCCAGGGCAUGCAAAAGCAACUGCUCAAGAUCCGUGAUGAGCUAAAACAGAGGGAGAUGGAACUGGAGAAAAGCACAGAGGACAAACAGCAUCUGGAGAGUCAAAUCCAAAGCCUUAAAGACAGAAUUCAAGCCUUCCCCACAUCACACACCCUGCCUUUGGAGAGGUCGGAGUGGGAGGACCGAGGCAGCGAUGAAAACACAAGUCAUGCCAAUGAGUCAGCAGCAUCGGCAGUAGUGUCCUGCAGUCAAGAAAAAGAGAGUGUCCCAGACAAAGGUCCACCCAGUCCUGUGAAAUCUGAAAGAGAGGCACUGCUCGUGGGAAUCAUCUCGACGUUCCUCCACGUGCAUCCGUUCGGGGCCAGCAUCGAGUACAUCUGCUCCUAUUUACAGCGUCUGGACACCAAGAUCAGCACGACGGAGGUUGAGACGCUGCUGGGCCGACUUCCCUACACCUUUAAGCAGGAGCUGACGGGUGUGGGUGCCAGUCUGGAGAAGCGCUGGAAGUUCUGCGGAUUUGAAGGCAUCAAGACGGCGUAGAGUCUUGCUUCCUGCCUCCUGCCUCUGAACGUUUAAACCCCAAAGACUGGCACACCCAGGGCUUUUUUAUUAUUUAUUUUUUUAAGGCCCACAGAUAGGAGUGAGUCCUUCUGAUUAGCUGCCAUCGGGUCACUGAGGCUUGGACACUUUGAUUCAGUUGGGACAGGAAGUGUGGAGUCCUGGGCUCUGGUGUGUGAAUGUUCUACAGUGUUCAAGCACAGACUUGUUUGUGUGUGUGUGUGUGUGUGUUGCUAACAUUCUGAAGGACUGGAGUGAGACACAGAGAUAAAACAGCACCGACCUGCUGAGGGUUUAUCGACAAGAUGGACAAAAUGAUUUACAUCAACUUUGUUUUUUUUCUUUUUGUUCGUUUUUUAAAGAAAAAGAGACAUAGAGCAAAUAUCUUUCUUUCUUUCUUUCCUUCUUUUUUUUUCCUUCUGUAUAGGUUGCUGACAGCAGUUUUUGUUCACAUAUCCUGUAAAUGUUUGAAUAACUUACUAUUUUUAAAUAAAAAAGAAGAACACAACAA